UUUCUUUCAUCUGUUAACCUUUUGCAGCAACGUCUGUCUCGUUCCGUUCGCGGUUAUCGGCAUGUACCAGUACACGUGUUGAAUAAAGAACGGUGUCAACGUUCGCCGCGUAAUGUAUUUCGGAAUAGGCUGCAGAGUGCCUUGAGAGCAAAAUUAAAGUCAGGAAACUACCCUUGAAACCAAUACAAGAUGAGUACCAUACUGGAAAAGAUCGCCUCGAUCGAGGCCGAGAUGGCUCGGACCCAAAAAAAUAAAGCGACGUCCGGUCACUUGGGUCUUCUUAAGGCAAAGCUAGCUAAGCUUAGAAGAGAACUGAUCACCCCUAAGGGAGGCGGCGGUGGCGGAGAACAGGGUUUCGAAGUAGCCAAAACUGGUGACGCCAGAAUCGGGUUUGUCGGAUUUCCGUCCGUCGGCAAAUCAACCCUGCUCAGCACUCUUGCCGGUGUUUAUUCCGAGGUAGCUGCAUACGAAUUUACUACCCUCACCACCGUGCCUGGCUGCAUCAAGUACAAAGGAGCUAAAAUUCAGCUUUUAGAUCUUCCCGGUAUUAUCGAAGGUGCUAAAGAUGGCAAAGGUCGAGGAAGGCAGGUUAUUGCAGUUGCACGUACAUGUAGCCUCAUAUUUAUUGUAUUAGAUGUCCUCAAGCCCCUUGGUCACAAGAAGCUCAUUGAACAUGAACUCGAGGGAUUCGGCCUGCGACUGAAUAAGCAACCUCCAAAUAUUACUUUCAGAAAAAAAGAUAAGGGUGGAAUCAAUCUACAGACCAUGUGCAUGCAAUCCGAACUCGAUUUGGACACCGUCAAAUCUAUUCUCUCAGAGUAUAGAAUUCACAAUGCGGAUAUAACUCUCCGCUACGACGCUACUUCAGAUGAUCUUAUUGAUGUUAUUGAGGGUAAUCGUGUCUACGUACCCUGCAUUUACCUUCUCAACAAAAUAGAUCAAAUUAGUAUCGAGGAGUUGGAUGUUAUUUAUAAAAUACCACAUUGUGUACCAAUCUCAGCCCAUCAUAAAUGGAAUUUUGAUGAUUUACUUGAAAAAAUGUGGGAGUACUUGCAGCUUGUGAGAAUCUAUACAAAACCAAAAGGCCAGCUCCCUGAUUACAACUCACCAGUUGUAUUGAACAUUGAAAGAAGAUCAGUUGAAGAUUUUUGCAAUAAACUGCAUCGCUCCAUUGCUAAAGAGUUCAAAUAUGCGCUUGUUUGGGGCUCAUCGGUAAAGCACCAGCCUCAGAAAGUUGGAAAAGACCAUAUCUUAUGUGAUGAAGAUGUUGUACAGGUUGUUAAGAGAGUGUGAUUUUAAAUAGUGGAAUGUUUUUGUGACGCUACCAACGUGCUGAAGAAAUAAUUACGGAUAUGUAAGAAUCAAUAUGUUCACUUUAAUUAGACUAUUUUCUGGUUAUUUUUUUCUUGAGUUUAUUACCCUUUUGAACAUCACAUUGAUCAUAGAUGGGUUAAACAUGAGAUGGACUAUCUGAUCGGAAUUACAAUUUUAUUUUCACAAAAUAAUUUAUUACGCAAAUAUACAUUCAACAAGAUCCACGCGUAUAAUAUACAUAUAUAUAUUUUAUAAAAACCUUAAGAGAAUCUUUUUUCUUCAAGCGUACAAAUUCAUACUGUGUCAUUGUUUUCAGUGAUGAAGAGCGUUAAAUAAAUAUGGGCUGGUACUAAAAAUUAAAGCCUACAUCUGCAUUUUUUACCAUAAUUUCUCAGUUCGGCUCUUAAAAUUAUUAUAUAGUAUGUAGCUUAAUGUAAACACAUUCAAAACAUAAAAAAUUCUGGAAGUAUAAACUUAUAUUACAGAUAAUACAUUUAUAAACAACACAGGUAUCUUUCCUGCAAUGGCUGUGUUAAAUUGGUGUGUUCCAAAUACAGUUAAUUCAAAAUAUCGAAUAGAAUUGGGUGCUUGUCCAGACUGAGAAAUGCUUAUUUCGACAAAAUUGACUUUUAAAACAACUUAAAACUGUAGAGCUGUGAUGUGCGGGGAUUAAAAUUGAAACACAUUGAUUUACAUUUAA